UAAACAUGAAUAAAAUGAGAAAACCUAAAUCGAUGAGGCCCCCAAUGCCUAUAGUUACACCAUCCACAAGUAGUAACGGCACCGAUGUUUUAGGAAGUGCCGAAGCCGACAGACAAUUUGAACUGGAAUUAUGUUGGUGUGUGCAACAAUUGGAAACAGCCCUAAACACUGGAAAACUAAGUCAAAAAGUUGCCGAGGAUACGGUAAAAAAUUUGAAAAUUCUCAAGGGUCGACAUCCCAUCAUUAAAAAACGACAGGUUAUGAAGGCAUCAAUGGGAGAUUAUCGUUCCAAAAUGAAAGAAGAAGAGAAGAAAAUGUCUUUGGCUCCUAAACAGAUUAAAUUUACAUCUACCGCGGCAAAUGAUGUCAAGAAAUCAAGUUUUGUAAAGAAAUCGGCAUUGCUAAAUUCUGGAAAAGAUUUUAAAUUCGAUUUUACGGUACCAGAGACAAAUGGUAACGCGGACCAGGAGGAGAAACAGACCCCGACAACUGACACCUCAAAGAAUACUGACAAUUUUAGCAUUAAGAAAAUAAAUCUAACAUCUGGAAAUGGCUUUGCAUUUAAUUUUGCCAUAGAUGAAGUAAAUGAUGGAAUUAACUUUGAUGGUCUAAAUAUUAAAAAUUAAUCUAGU